AUGAGGCUGCCGACGGCGAUGUGGCUUGUGUUCGCGGGCCUGGCGUGUGGCGGGGGAUAUUCUUCCAGAAGCAGCGCCUCCUCCUCUGCCUCAGACGGAGAGGUUAGCCCGAGAAACGACAGUUCUGCGUACGGUAGCGGCGGCACCAGGAGCGGGGAGGCGAGAGGGGGGCACGGAAACUUUGCCGGCAUUGCCGAAGUGUUGGAUGCCCUGGAAAAGGCGGUGGUGUUUUUCCUGGAGUCCUAUCACGACAUCAACUUGGAUGGGCUGUACGGACUCAGAGUAGCAGAAGGCCAGCUGACGUUACUGCUGGACGGUGUGGAUCAUUCCGCGAACACAACAAGCAGUGGCAGCAGCUCCAAACACACCCCUCCCCACCCGGCCCUGUCCCGCGUGCACACCAUCCUGCAGGACGCCCGCACAGCCGGCAACUGGAGCCUGCCCAGGAUACGGGAGAGAGACCCGGGCUACUUUAAGGAGUUUAAGGACGUGGUGUCCAGGCCGUACGUUAUACGGGGGUACUCCAGAGAACUGGGAGACCAUGUACUGAACAGGGAACACGCCGCCACCAAACGGGAGAUGUUCUCGGAGACCAGGAGCGACAGAUGCAUGCAGGAGAUGAUGGGCAGUACCGGACCCAGGCAGGACCCCAACAUCCACACGACCCGCUGUACAGUAACGGAUGAAUGUUGGAGGUUCGUGACCGCUGACGGCGCUACUGGCUACACCAUCACUCACCAGUUAUUAUGGACCAUUCUGGGAGAGCAUGUUGGGUGCAAAGAAAACAUCAACGCCUUCGCCAGUCGGGAAGGUGUGUGGGAAGGCGUGGAAUCCAUCCAGCAGCACCUUUGUACAAAAAUCCUGAGAGAAGCGGAGGUCCUGGCGUACUCCGGACCGCCUGAACCGGAACAGGACCUGUUUCUAGAGCAAGGUGUGGUGUGCGGCAUGCUGGGGUUCAGAGACUUCAUACGACGGGAUUGGCUGCGAAAAGUGUUGUCAUGGCAACGGCCCGAGGGGUGUUUCGGGUAA